AGGUUGUUUUAAAUGCAUUGCUUUUGACUUGUUAUUAUUGGCUGCAUUGCUUCACAGAGUUUGUGGCUGGUAAAAAACGCCAGCCUAGUUCAUACCUGACAUUGAAAACUUCAUGACCUAUCUGAAGGCAUGCUGAUCCCUGAACUGGAUAUAUUUGUUGGCAAUGUUUUCAUCAUUGACUGGGAGAUCUUCAAGCUCUGGCUGGAUGGACAUGAAUGUCCGAGCGCGGCGUCCAUUCUCCAGCAGCGCGGCUCCCUGAUGGCCGGCGCCACCAUGGACAUGCUGCACGGAGACGUGCUGGACCACUACCGCAGCUUCAGCACGCUGGAGCGCCUGCUGGAGGUGCCCACUCUGUUCGUCGAACAGCGCGUCCUGCAGAUCAGUCCCAACGAUCAGACGGACAUCAUCGAAAAGUACUACGACUUUGACGAUGCCGUUAUGAGGGAGCUGAUUGGAAAGAAACCAUCAUCGAAGCUUCGCAAAGAGCUGGAUGACGUGUGUGAGAAGACGGGCGUGCUGGUUCGCUCGUGCAGGCGUCAGUUUGACAACGUGCGGCGCAUCUACAAACAGGUGGACGAGAUGACCGGUAACGUUCUGGACAACAUCCGACAGCAGUUCCUGCUGCCCGACCCGCUGGCACGACGUUACGCCGCCAUCCUCUUCCUGGACUGGGUCCGCUUCGAGACGCACAAGCGGAAGCUGGCGCACCUGACGUUCAACGACUUCUUCGUGUGCGCGGACGGUCUGCUGCGUCACUGGGCAGACGAAGAGUGCGAGUUGGACAAGGAGUUCUUCCAGGACCUGCGUGAGAUCAAGGCCAUCCUGGAGAGGGAGAAGGAGGCCAAAACAGUGACCCUGAGGAAGCUGGAGGGCGGUCGCCUGUCUACGGACGCCGCCGGUGACCUGACCCAGAACUUUCGCUCCCUGUUCCGCUCGCUGGUCAACAUCGCCACGGGCCUCUACCGCAGCAGGGAGCUGAAGGAUCUCUUCAUUGACCUCCAGGAGAAGAUAGUCGAGCCGUGUAAGUGCGCGCGCUGGACACAGUCGGACAUGGAGUCCUUCAUCGCCGCCAUCAACUUUGACGCCUCCGAGAUUGAGACCUUCCGCAGGGAGACGGACCUACCGAUCCUGUGGCGCCGCUACCUGCGCGCCGUGGGGCCCUGCAUCCUGCAGCUGUUCGCCAGCUGACGACGGCUGCCCCGGGGCCGCGCGCUGCCCCGGUGACCCGGCAGGGGUCACGGACCGCCCCGGGCGACAGCCGGGGGCCGACCGGUGGCGCCUCUGGUGACAGACGUGUGAACUACCCGCGCCCGGCCACCGCGUGGGAGCGUGCUGAAGGCGGAUAUUUGUCGUGAUUGGAGAUGCAGGUCACAUGACAUUUAGCUUCCAUGUGGCGUGUCGAAGACGCGGCUCAUGAUGAUAUCAUGUACGCAUGUAAUAUUACAGUGUGGAAGUUUGCUAGGGGCCGCCAGUAUUUCAUUUUAUAGAUAUACGGCAAAGAGGAUUUUGCCGUGUUGUUAUUGUCGAUAAACGCCGUUUUGUAAAUAACAGUGUGAAACCUGUUCAUGGCUCAUGCUCGCAUAGUGUGUAGCGUUGAUCAUGUAAGUUGUACUCUCUAACCCUUAGAGAUGCCUGCCCACUGCCUGAAAUUACACAACGCAAACGUAUGUCGUAUACAUCUAUUCCAAAUGUGCAAUACACUUCAAGCAUAGUGCUC